UUUUUUCUCCAAAAUGGCCCCUCCACUUGGAGCUGCUGCUCUCUCGCUCCGGGGGAGGCGUCCACCUUGCACAGUUCCACUGCCCCCAAUCCACCAGCCAUGGAGCCUCCCCGUGCCAAGAAGAGCAGGCGGGGAGCGCAGCGGACGCGAGAUCCCGGGCACCCGGCGCCGGUUCCAGCUUCGGCUGCCGUGGAGGCGCCCCGUUUCGAAUCGACACCGGCGGUUCUUGGCGGCGAAUCCCGCGGCCAAGAAGCUGGAGCAGACGGCGGCGUCGACCGCAUCAGCGGCCUCCCCGAUGCCAUCCUCGGCGAGAUAGUCUCACUCCUCUCCACCAAGGAGGCCGCGCGCACGCAGACGCUCGCCACCCGGUGGCGCCACGUCUGGCGCGCCGCCCCGCUCGUCCUCGACGGCAUCGACCUCGCCGCCAAGGACCUCCCCGCGGGCGUGGAGAUCCUCAGGGCCGCCGACGAGGCCCUCGCCGGCGUGGUCUCCCUCAUCCUCGCCGCGCACCCGGGCCCCGCCCGCCGCUUCUGCAUCCCGCCGCGCCACCUCCACGACCGGCCCGCCGCCGUCGACGCGUGGCUUCGCUCCCAGGCGCUCGACAACCUCGAGGAGCUCGAUUUCUGCGACUACUGGCAGCUUCGGUCUUUCCCCCCGGCGCCGCCACCCGCGUCUGCUUUCCGGUUCUCUGACACCCUCCGAGUGGCUACCUUCAGCAAGUGCAAGCUCAUGGAUAGGUCGGUUGAGGGGCUUCAGUUUCCCCACCUCAAGCAGCUCGCCCUUGAAGAUGUCAGCAUCUCGGAGGGCUCACUGCACGCUAUGAUUUCAAGCUGCCCUGCCCUGGAAUGUUUGCUGCUUAACCACAGCUUUGGGUUCAGCUGCGUCCGGAUAAGCUCCAGCAGCCUUAGAAGCAUCGGCCUGGGUGCCAGUCGUUGCGGCAACCAGAUCCAGUUACGUGAAUUCAUCAUCAUCGAUGCCCCAUGUCUUGAAAGAUUGCUCUUUCUUCGACAAUCCGUAGCAGUCAAUGUGUCUGUAAUCAGGGCACCAAAACUCGAGACCUUGGGCUGUCUUACUGUCAUUAACUUGACGACGGCGGUGCGUAAUGUGAAGAUUCUAGCUGUGGCACCAUGGCCUAUAAAUCUUGAUAUGGCUAUUGACUUGUUGAAAUGCUUUCCAUGUCUGGAGAAGUUGUACAUAAAGAGUUUUAUUUCAGGUGAAAUGAAUCGGUGGCAUCGCAAACACAGGCAAUUCAUCAAGUGCUUUGACAUCCGCCUCAAGACAAUAGUGCUAGAGUUGUAUCGAGGCAUCAGAUCACAAGUCAACUUCGCGUCGUUCUUUCUACUGAAUGCGAGCAAGUUGGAGUUGAUGACAUUCGCGGUUGAGAACAGAGCUGACAAUGACGCAUUUUUUGCAGAACAGUAUAGGGUGCUUCAGAUGGAGAAAAGGGCUUCGAGGAGUGCUCGGUUGCAUUUUAGAACAGAAAGAUGUAACCGUGCUGUACAUGUCAUCCAUGUUCGUGAUUUAGCUGUAGCCAAUCCCUUCGAAUGCAGAUGUUGGCAUUGAAUUUGGCGUUUGGCCAAUAAAAAUAUAGUCUGCAGUGGGCUUUUUAUUUGAAUGUCUAAAAUGCAGAAGCCACAGCAGAUUGUGAAAUUUUCAGCAGUAAUUAUAUAUUACACAGUAAAUGGUGUUUAAGUUAAUGGUCA